AUGGCCUCACCCACUCCCGCUCGCAGAAUCGCAUUCAUUACAGGGUCCGCUCAGGGGAUAGGUCGCGCCAUAGCCUUGCGCCUGGCAGAGGAUGGCUAUGAUGUUGCUCUGAACGAUAUACCUAAAUUUGAAUCAGAACUGAAUGAAGUAUCGGAGUUAAUCAAGGCCAAUACCAAAUCACAGGCGAAGACCUACAUUCAUAUUGCCGAUGUUACCAUUCAAAAAGAAAUCAACGCUGCCAUCGACGCUGUUGUGGAGAAUCUAGGCGGUCUAGAUGUUAUGGUAGCUAAUGCUGGCAUAUGUAUUGUCAAGCCAUUUUUGGAGGUCACAACGGAAGAUUGGGACCGUAUUUUUGCCAUCAACACCAGAGCGGCAUUUUUCGCCUACCAGUACGCUGCAAAGGUUAUGAUUAAACAAGGACGUGGGGGAAGAAUUAUCGGAGCCUGUUCGGGAGCUGGAAUGCAAGCUUCGCCCAUGCUGUCCGCUUACAGUUCCACAAAGUUUGCACUUCGUGGAUUAACUCAGGCUGCCGCCGGUGAACUGGGUCAAUAUGGCAUCACGGUUAAUGCUUAUGCUCCAGGACCCAUUGUAACCCCCAUGUUAAAUGGAGUGGGAGACUCGUUGGGCGGCAAGGAUGCCGUAUUUGCAGCUGAAGCCGCCCGUAUUCCAGUCGGGUAUAUCGGAAAGCCGGAAGAUGUCGCUGGUCUCGUGUCCUACCUUGCCUCUAAGGAAUCUCAUUUUGUUAAUGGUGAGAAUCAUUCCGCUGAGAAUAUAGCCACCGGUGCGUUACUGAUGCACGACUCCUUAUUCAUGGGAUCCUGA